CCCGCGGGCUGCGCCACGCCGCCGCCGCGGCUGCCGCUGAGACCGCCUCGCGGCGUGGCCGGGCUCGCCGCCGUGGAACCGGUAGACUUUGCCGACCUGUGGUCUCCCAGAGAGGGCGCCGCGGCGUCGCCCACCACGGGCGGGGCGACGUGUGGGGGCAGCGAGCGGGACUUCCUCGUGGUCAGCCGGCCGCUUGCCAGGCUGGUGGACGAGGAGCUGCUGCUGGGGGAUAGCCCCGCCUGCGGCGGCGGCUGCGACGCCGCGCACGGCGUGGACCCCGAGCUGCUGGAGUUCCUCGAGGGCGACCCGUGGGAGGAGUGCGGCGACGUCGCCGAGUGGGGCCUCGUCGAGUGGUGCGCGGACAUUGCGCGCCUGAGGUCGUCCAAGGUCGACGAGGACGCCGCCGCUCUGCUGGCCAUGUUCCUGGCGGGCGGCGACGCCGACGGCGACAGCACACGGCCGAACGCGCUCUCGGAACAGGACAUGAGCCGCUGCCCCUCGAUGGAGUCCACGGGCAAGGCGCCGUGGUUUCUCCCGUGCGAGAAGCCUGGCCGGCGGCCCUGCUCCUCGAGGUCCCUCGAGGGCGCGGCCGGCCUGUUCUUUGCGGACGGCGACACCGACGGCGGCAGCACUCGGCCGAACACCCUCGCCGACAUGAGCGACCGCCCGUCGAUGGAGCCACCGGGCACCGCAUCGCUUCUGUUCCCGAGCGACAGGUGGUACCCGAAGGAGAUGUGGACUCGCGGGGCGCCCGACCGCUUCCUCAUACGCUUCGCCGCGAAGACCGCGCCCGUCGCGAGGCACCUCGCGCGGUGCACCGUCCCGAACGCGCCGGCCCCGAGCGGCUCCGGGUCGAGCUCGAAGCGCUGCCGGAAGACGUCGAGGCCCGGGCCCAGCCUGACAGGUCUACUCUGA